AACAAGUACUAGUAUUUUGAUGUUUGCUCUGGUUUGAACUUGGAAACGCCCAAUAAAAACGAGAAUGUUUAAAAUCCUGAAGGCUUACAACAGAAGCAUCUCCUGUCUGUAUUCACUGUUCGCUUCCUAGUCGCAACCCUAAAUUCUCGAUCUUCCUUCGUUACACUACCAGAAAGAAUAAACCUUUGGAUGAUGGUUUCUUGACUGUGGGGGUAUCUUAUCUUUCAAUAGUCUCCGAUGCAAAAUAGUUAUGGUGUAGAAUUCAGUCAUCUAAUCAUAGAGCAAGAACACAGAUGACCUAACCAUUAUUCUGUCUGACCAUUGAAACUUUGGAACAGUGAUUUUCAUGUCCACCAAGUCUUCAAUUGCAUCAGUAAUGGCAUGGAAUUGGGUUGUUCAAUCCCUUGCAAUGUUUAAGCAAGUGGAUCCAUCUACUUUAAUUGGUGUGGUAAAAAAGGCUCUUGCAAUUUCUGAUGAUUUAGGAAAAGAUUCAAGGGAGAUUGUCUCCUUGAGAAUGUUAGAGAGCAUGUUUAUUCAUGAGCAAUGUGAAGAUGUAUUGCACAGGAUAUUAGAGGAGACAUCUGAACCGAUGACAGAGUUAGAAAGGCAAAAAUGGAAUGUUCAUCCUUUCGUAAUGCAUAAAAGGGCUUCUCUCCCCAAAAGCCCCUUGGAAAAGCUUAAAGAAGAAAUUCUUGAAGGCAGUCAUCCGCUUCUUGCAUCAUUGAAAGAGAGGAGUUAUUUAGAAAACAUAAAUCUACCUGAAAGUAGUCAAAAUACAUUCCCUGAGGUCAAUGUCAAUUUUAAUGACCAAACUACAGUAUCUAAAGAUGAUUUGGCAUCAAUGAAUCCUGCAAAUGAAAGCAACAAAUUACCAAAAAGCCCGUUGCAGAAGCCUGACAAUGUAGACAAUUCCACUAGAGGAAAAAAUACAGAUCAUAAUAAAAGAAAAGAGAAUGAAAUGCCUAAAGACUCCCCUGUGAAAGGCUUAGAGGAAAACAUGGUGAUGGAUCACAAUGAGCAGACUCCAUCAAAGAAUCUUGAACAGAAUUGUGAUGAUCUGAAUAUUGACCAUGGUCAACAAGAGUUGACCGAUGAGAAAUGUGAUGAUGAAAUGACUAACAUUGCUGCCAUGAAAGAAGCUUUCUUGAACUCUCAACAUACACUCAGUCAAGAUUCCAUGGCUACAAUUGACUCCACUGAAAUAACUCUUUGUAUGAAGUGUAACAAAGGUGGUGAGCUGUUAGUUUGUAGUUCUGACACCUGUCAGUUAAGAGUUCACGAGAGCUGUUUGGGAUCUACUACUACUACCACACUUGACAAAAAUGGAAAGUUUUUAUGCCCAUUUUGUGCAUAUUCUCAUGCAAUAUCAACGUAUCUUGAAGCUAAGAAAAAAGCUUCCUUGGCUAGAAAAGACUUACAAGCCUUUAUGAGUUCAGGAGUCAAACAUAGACCAAAUAAGUCAACACAAACUGAAGCUCUGGGUCAAAAAGUCAAAGGGAAUGUCAAUGGGCAUACUGUGAGGAGAGAUACAGAAGAUCACACACCAAAUGAGCAUAAACAGAAAUGCAAUGAAAAUGAAAGCCAUGUGUCAAAAACUCACUCAAGAAGAUGCCGUGACCAAAAACCACAGUACACAUCUCCAACAAUUCCUUUAGUACGAAGAAACAAACUCCAAUGGACAAUGUCAGAGGUGGAGAUAUUAAAGGAAGGGGUGCAGAGAUUUUCGAGUAAUAAUAAUAGUAAAGGAUUUCCAUGGAGGGAUAUUUUGGAUUUUGGAGGUGAUGUGUUCCACAAAAGUCGUACUACAAUUGACUUAAAAGAUAAAUGGAGAAACUUAUGCAAAGGAAGCCCUCCCAAGAAGAAGCAAAAACUGUAAAAGGGGUUGCUAGAAGACUAGAUGUAAAUAUUUUUUUGGGUCUUUUUUGUUUGUUGAGAAAGAUUGUGUUGUAUGAUGUAAAUAUGAUGAGACAUGUGAUCUAUAGAUCCACUUGAAUAGUUUAUUUUAGGGGAGU